GCAAAGCCCGCUUGGACGGCAAAACUGUUCUGAUAACGGGAGCCAACACUGGUAUCGGUAAAGAGACAGCGGUGGACAUGGCCAAGAGAGGUGCAAGGGUGAUCCUGGCUUGCAGAGACAUGGGCAGAGCCAACAGAGCAGCAGAUGAGGUCAGGAAGAGGAGUGGAAAUGGCAAUGUGAUUGUGAAGAUGCUGGAUCUGGCCUCCUUGCAGUCUGUCCGAGCUCUGGCCAAAGAUGUACAGCAGACUGAGGAGAGACUGGAUCUUCUCAUUAAUAAUGCUGGGAUAAUGAUGUGUCCACAGUGGAAUACAGAAGAUGGCUUUGAGAUGCAGUUUGGUGUGAACCACCUGGGUCAUUUCCUGCUUACCAACUUACUUCUGGACUUGUUGAAGAAAUCAGCACCCAGCCGUGUUGUCAAUGUUUCCAGCCUGGCCCAUGAGACAGGCAAGAUUCAUUUUGAUGAUAUAAACCUGGAGAAAAACUAUGAUGCACACACAAGUUAUCAACAGAGCAAGCUGGCAAAUGUUCUGUUUACCCGGGAACUAGCUGUCAGACUGAAAGGCACAGAAGUGACAACUUACGCUCUUCAUCCUGGGGUGAUCCAUACUGAGCUGGGCCGACACUUUCUCCCCGCUCUGCCUCUAUGGAAAAGGCUUUUGUUCUUGCCCUUUUUUUUCUUUGUCAAAACCCCUUGGCAGGGUGCGCAGACCACCAUCUACUGCUCAGUGAAUGAGAGUCUGCAGAAUACUAGCGGACUUUACUACAGUGAUUGUGCACCCAAAGAGGCAGCUCCUCAGGGUAGAGAUGAUACUGCAGCCCGCAGACUGUGGGAUCUCAGUGCUUCUAUGGUGGGCCUGGCUUGAGACAAGACCUUGCCCCGUGAAAAUCACUCUCUUCAUUUAAAAAUCAGUUUGUCACAUUUCCUGUGUAGAUUGUACAUUUCAAAUUUGCAGACUAUUAAAUCUGCUACUUUAUAUAAAGUACUGAGAGCCAGUUUAAGAAUGUAGCAAAGUAGUGUUUCGGUGUGCAGGAUGAGGCUGGCUCUGUAACAAAGUGCCUAUGCAAUAAGAUGAACUGCAAUAUGAAGUGUGAAUUUCAGCAUUAAAUAAUUAGUGAGAUGUUAUAUACUGUAAUGCCAUUAGCCAUUGUGCAUAGCAUAAUUAGACAUUUAAUCUACCUUUUAAAAAUAGAUUUCAUUGUUAGUACUUAUGUAGUUUGUUACCAUGUAUCACAAUAAAAUUGUGUAAUAUGAAUUUAGGUUAACAUUUCAAUAAAGCCUAUUUUUGAAUAAUGAAAUAAAGACAAUGAAUCAUUACCCUCUAUAAAAUGAGUUUAUGGUAAAGGUAAAGAGCAUUUUAUAAAAGCUGUAGCACAACAUGAGCAGGAUUUUGGAAUACAUUUUGAGUUUUUAAAAUUCCCUUACAUAAACAGUUUGUUUGAAAUCUCAUUGUAAAUAAGCACAUUUAAAACAUUACACUUUGAUAUUGUUUUCAUUAAGUGACAAGCAUGAUUGUCAUCAAAUGAUAAUCAAGUCUGUAUUAAGAAGAGUAACAAAUACUUUACCAAUUUGCAAAGUUCCUCAAUCUAAAAACUACUUCUAACUUGGGGCGAUUAAUAUUCUAUAUUUGGUAAAGCCAAAACAGAUUGAAAGUACAAUGUCAAGUUUACACAGAGAUAUACUGUACAUAAAACCUGCAUUUUGGAAUCACUAUUAUAAAAUAUUUAAUUUAUGGUCACAUUAAUGAAUACAUGAUUAAAAUUAAUUCUCUUUGGGGCUAUAAUUUAGAUGUACAAAACUCAAACAUGAUUGUUAUAUAUAUAUAUAUA